AUGCUGCCAAGCCAGUAUUCGAUUCCGACUGAAAAUGAACCAAACAGACUAGAAACUGUUGAUGACAACGCAAUGAACAAUGCGCCUUACGCAUCUGAGACACCAGAAAGUGAUGAGUUGACAGAAAAUUUCAAUAAACCAAUGAAUCAGAAGACAAAACAACAGAAUUUACAGGAAGCACCGAAUAGUAUGGCUGAAGUGGAUAGAGGAGAUAAAUUGAAAGAGCCUUGGGAAGAUGAUGACAGUAUUAACGAAGAUAUAUCUCGUCGUCAGUUGGACAGGGUUGAAAAAAUCUUAGCGAACUACUAAAUUCCAUUUUUGCGUGAAGAUAAUAAGUAAAUAGUCUUUUAUUACUG